AGUCAUUUUGGCUCAAGAGCCAUUGGUGCCCCUCCAGCUUGUGGUGAAGGCGGUGGUGGAAAACAGGCCCAUCAGCCAUGGCCGACUACUCCGCGGUCGCGGGGCUCCGGCUGGCCGCGGACGCUGGGGCCCCAGGGGCCAGCAGCACCGAGGCCCUCACCCAGGCGCCCGCCGGCCGAGGGAGGCUGCCGCGACGGGCGUGCGUCGUCGCCGUGUGCUGCGCUGCGGCGGGGGUGGCGCGGUGGUGCGCUGCAGGCGGGGGCCUGAGCGCGUGGGCCCGACCGCGGGGCCUCACAGAAGAAGAAGGUGCGAACAGACUGGACCAGCGCCAUCGCAGCCUGCACCCCAAUGUGACAGAGGAUGUCGCCGGGAUGGGGGCAACCGGGACCAUCAACGACAGAGUCGCCGAGAUUUUGACGCACGACUGGUCGCCAGUCAAGGGGAAGAAUUGCUGGCGCGUCGGCUUCGGCAGCGGGCACUUCCCCGACGGCAGUACGAGCGAGGACCACGGGAACAACUGCACCCUGGACGUGUGUCUGAAAGCGUGCAUGGAGAGCGAUUUCUGCCACGGAAUCACGGUGGAGGCAGGCAAGAACACGAGUGGCCCGUGCUGGCUGCUCCCGGAGCUGGUGCUCGACGAGUGCCAGGACGGACCCUCCUACGACACCUACAGGCGGGGCCCCAUCCCAGACCGCGUCGCGCAGAUCCAGGAGGUCUCUGGCUGGAGGCGCUAUGAGGGCCUCAACUGUUACCCCGGCGCUGGCAGCUGGAACUUCCCAGGGAUCACCGGCACUCACUUUCAGACCUACGCGGGGCGAAAGAUCACCGUGAACGAGUGCAUGAUGCGCUGCGAGCAGGACCCGCUGUGCGAGGCCAUAGUCGUGGCCCACCAGGACCGCGCGGCCUUCACCCCCUGCAAGCUGCGCCAUCUGGUGGUGCCCGGGUUGUGCUCCAAGAACAUGGCGUUCGACACUUGGAUGAUGGACCAGGGCCGCACCCUCGCCCCCGGCGUCGAGGAGCCCGCCGCAGCGAUCGGGCGGGACAGGCUGCACGGCGUGCUCGACAUGGUCCAGGGGGAGGGCUUCGACAAGAUCGACCUGUCGAGGUGUGCGCUGGUCGGGGCGUCGGGGGUGAUGAAGGGCUCGCACAAGGGCGCGGAGAUCGAUGGGCACACUGCCGUAAUCCGGAUCAACCGCCUCCCCAGGGGCGAGUAUUACGCCGACUUCGGCGCAAAGACUGAUUUUUUCUAUGUCAACCACGAGUUGUCGGGGCAAGUCUCGUUGAUGGGCGGUGAAAACGCCAAAGUGAUCAAGUGCGCCGACGCCGUCGGUUGUCCCAAGGCCGGGAUCAUUGCCCGCGGGGACCUAGAGAGGUGCAAGCCCAGCGAGAUGGCUUCCAAGUGGGGCCCCGACCAUCCCUUGGUGGGCUGCACGCACACGAACAUAUCGAGGAUGGUUGCCACGGGAUUUCACACUCUACAUGGAGCGUUGGCCACCACGGGCCUCCAUGCGUUUUUCACGUUCCUACCUGUGUGUGACGAGCUCAACCUGUACGGUUUCGGAGGUUUAAGCACGGCAGACGGCCAUGCGGAGUGGACCCAAGGACACAAUCUCUUCCAGGAACACUUGAUUCAGGACCACGUCAUCAGCAGGCAGUGGGACUCGGUGCCGUGGAGGAACAAGUUCAGAGAGUUCGAUUGGAUGAAGAGGGUCAUGGGAAAGGUGAGGAAGGUGGUCGGCACGGUGGCGUGAGCUCGAGCAUGAAUACUUGAGCGUCCUUAUCCUCUCUGUACGACAUAUUUGCCCCCUCCCCCCUGGUCAUUCCGCUCCAGACAUUUUGUCUGUCGCUUCUGUUCGCCGAUCAAGCAGCUUGGGCCGUGGGCCCAAUGCAUUAGCCCGACACAAUACGCAGUGCGCCACAAUAUGAAUUGGCACGCUGCACUCUGCCACUAAACGAACUGCUACAAUGCAGAGCGUUCCACAAUAUAAGUCUUCAGCACCGAUUCUUUGUACGUGCCGCAAUACGAAUGUGGCCACUGGGUGACAUUCGCGAGCGAGCCACGUUUGCCGCGGAAUAGUAUUGGCACCGUACGGCCAUAGCUAGGACACGUAGGCGCGAAGAAGGCGUGUUCCUGUGGCGCUCGCGGCCAAAGUGUUUGCUGCCGGCUGCCACGCCCGCCCUCUUGUGCGUUCCGCGCUGCUUCGAGGAGGAGACCUUCGUUCUCCUCUACAGCCUCCUUGCUUCCGCCACCUUGCUCCCCACUAAUUAUUCCCGCCCUGCCGUGUCAGUGGGAGGCCGUGGCGCAGAGGGCAAAGCCCGCUGGCCAACAGCGAUCUCCUCGAUUUUUCUGUUCAGCGGCCAUGUAGAAAAAAAACAAAACAAGAUUGGCGGCCUUGGCAGAUCUCCGACGAAUGCCUGCACCAUAUUGUGCCCGGUGAACUUCUAGGCCCGAGAUUUGAGGCAUGUGGAUGGGAGGAGAAGCCGAGGAUCCAAUUCCAG